UGGGUUUCUUUUUGAAUUGUUAACGUCUCUGUGAGUCGGAGCCUUCCCGACAGAUCGCUUGCGCUUUCGGACAGGGCACCCAGCGGUGGAAAUCUUCGGAGGAGGCUGCUGGUGGUGGGAGAUCCUUCCUACCAGCUGAAGAUCCUUUCCUUCUCCGACCUGACACGACAUGAGGAGGAAAGAACCCACGUCGGGCAGGUCCAGGGACCCCCCAGUGAGAAGGUCAAGUCGCUUGCAACCGGAGAAAGUUGAAGAACAGGUUUCAAGGGAACCGCAAAGCUUCAGAGUCACCGACAUCCUUUCACCCAGGGAGAGCAUCAGAGCUCACAGGAAGCAGGCUGAGCCAGCCAAGGACCCAUCGCCCAGUCCCCCCAGAGGUCCUUUGCAAUUGUCGGAAGAAGCAGAAGCUCCUGAAGACAGCGGGCAAACCGUGUUGGAAAGAGACACCCUCUUGUCCCCCUUUGUCAGGCUGAGGAGACUGGAUGUGCCACAGGAAGAGGAGCCUUCCCCACCCCAAAACGGGGCAAAGGAGCUGCCUCAACCAAACAUUGAGUGGGAAGUGGUGAAAGACAAGAGGGCCCGGCUACAGGUUCUGGAGACCUCUCAGCCGCGAAGCACCAAGGCCAGGCCCCAGAUGCAGAGGAGGACAACGGCCAGCUCACAAGGCAGGGAAGAAAACGAGACGCUUGCCUUUGGGCAGCAGAGCAGGGCAGGAAUCGCCACCAGGUCCAAGGCACCAACCAUGAAGAAGGCCAACUCUUCUAAUUCACAAGCAGGAGCCCUCCAAAAGUGGGCCAAGCGUCUCCCGUAUCGGUCUGUUCUCUGUUUCCUUCUCCUCUUGCUUCUCCUGGGCUUUGCUUGCUGGUUCGCAUGGGAACACGGAAACCCUGGCUCCUUCCUGGGGCUGGUGGGGUACAAAGCAUGGAGAUGGAGCAGCUUCCCGAAACUGUGGAAUGCAGUGGAAGAGUGCAGUAGUCAGUGCAGCCUGGUGUUGGUGGAGAGCAUCCCGUCCACUUUGGAUUAUGAAACGCUGACUCCUCACCAUCCAAGCAUCUACCAGUCUUGGGUGGACCUCCUGGAUGGCGCCAACAGCAGUGUGGAGAUAGCAGCUUUCUACUUCACCCUACGAGACUCCGAUGUUCACGUGGAGGAUCCCUCUUCGAAGCAGGGCAAGGCGGUGUUUGAGUCGCUGCGGGCCUUGCCUUCUCGCGGGGUGAAGCUCAGCAUCGCUGUGAACAGCCCCCAGCUUUCCACAUAUGACACGGAUGAAUUGGCCCACCACGGUGCAGAUGUGCGGUACGUGGACAUGAAGAACCUGACCGGAGGCAUACUGCACACCAAGAUAUGGGUGGUGGAUCGGAAGCACAUCUUUGUGGGCAGUGCCAACAUGGACUGGCGCUCCCUCACUCAGGUUAAAGAGCUGGGUGCCGUGCUGUACAACUGCAGCUGCCUAGCUAGGGACCUACACCGAAUCUUUGCCAUAUACCGCAUUCUGGGGAAAGACGGGGCCUCCAUCCCGCCCAAGUGGCCAGCGGACCUGGCUGCCGAGUCUGGCCUGACUGAUCCCCUGAAGCUGCAGUUGAAUGGCACCAGCGGUCAGCUGUAUCUGUCCAGUUCUCCACCGGCCCUCUGCUCCUCAGGCAGAACCUCUGAUCUCACCGCCAUUUUGAGCACCAUCGAGGAUGCAGAAGACUUUGUCUACAUUGCUGUGAUGGACUAUGAGCCCGAGUGCACAUUCUGCAAACCAAAGAGGUUCUGGCCGGUGAUUGAUGACGCUCUGCGCACUGCGGCCUGCGAAAGACGGGUGAAGGUGCGUCUCCUCAUCAGCUGCUGGAAACACUCGCAUCCCGCCAUGUUCAUCUUCCUGGAAUCACUGAGAGUCCUCAGCUACGAACCUCUGCAUUGCCCCAUUGAAGUGAAACUCUUUGUCGUUCCCUCGGAGGGAGAGCAGCCACCGAUCCCUUAUGCGCAUGUCAAUCACAACAAGUACAUGGUGACCGACAGAAUCGCCUACAUUGGUACCUCUAACUGGUCUGAAGAUUACUUCACCCGCACUGCAGGUGUGGGUCUGGUCGUCAACCAGAGCGAGGCCUCAGCAGGAACCCCGGGACAAACCCUGCGCCAGCAGCUGGAGAAAGUGUUUAUCCGGGACUGGGACUCUCCCUACGUUCAACCGCUCAGCAAACACUGGGAAUGUUCGAAGAGGAAGUGAGGGCGGAGGGUGGCCCACUCCACUCCCUGCCUGGAAACAGGUUCAGGGCUCAGCCUCGCUCUGACCCCUGGACCUGGAAGCACUCCUUUCAGCAUCCUGCAGUUUAGAAGCUCUUGCCUUGGUGCCCCUGCUCCUGCGCUUGCAUCCCGGAGGAAUCUGGCCAGCAGGCAUUGUUGGGGGUGGGGGGAAAGGAUGUUGGACUCUUUGGGUCAUCAGUCCGACCCAGAGUGGGGGGUGGACCUUUGUCCUGGGGGCCAAAUGCGACCCUCUGGACAUCUCUGUUGGGCCCACCUGCUCCCCACGUGGCAUCCCUCCUUGGCCCUGCUCUCGGCCCUUUCCCCCAGGGAUUGUGGCUCCACGGUGAUAAUGCGUCUUGCCGUCCUGGGUGGAGGAUGGAGAGGCUUGUGCCUGGAUCACAGCCUAGCUACGAAUAUCAGAGGCUGGCCCAUUAGGGCAAAUGGGCCAACCUCAGCUUGCCCUCACCUACCUGCCUGCCGUCUUCCUUACAGCCAGUCCAGGGAACGGCCCUGCCUAUCACCUUCCUCCUGUGUAGCCUCAGUGUUGCCCCUUGUAGAACUCAGCAGGGAGGAAGAUGAGGAUGUGACUAAACUAGAAUGGUGGGUUCAAACUGUGACAUUGGUUCUGGCUUCACUGUUAGGCUCCUUUGCCUUCCACCUCCACCGUCCCAAUGGGCACCAGCCACAGCUGUGGACAAAGCUAAGAGCCACAUCUGUCGCUCCCACCACAUUUUUUACAGCCCCUCCCCCGUUUACCACCGGCCUGUGGCCCCCAGAAGGCAGUGUGUAAAUGCUGCCCCACCAGCCUUGCUUUACAGAGACGGGUGUUUACAUUCCAAUAUUUCUUUUCAUUUGCUUGCUAGCUUGCCAAAGUUUUUCAGCUGCCCAGUUGGCAAGAGAAUGGCGCUGCCUUCUGCCUCGCUCUCCCCUGGCUGCUUGACCUGAACAAGGUCACACCUAUGUCUAAAGCAGGCAUAGGUAAACUCAGCCCUCCAGAUGUUUUGGGACUACAAUUCCCAUCAUCCCCGACCACUGGUCCUGUUAGCUAGGGAUGAUGGGAGUUGUAGUCUCAAAACAUCUGGAGGACCGAGUUUGCCUAUGCCUGGUCUAAAGCAUUCUCUUAGUUGUGGCUGCCCCCACAGAAUCCUGGGAACUGUGGUUUAUUAGGUUUCACUUAUCUUAGAACACUUGACGAACUACACUUCCCAAGAUUCUUUGCGGGAGGCAUGCCUGUUAAAACAGUAUGAGAGUACCCUGGAAAUGUACUGGAGUAUUUGAAAUGGGUGUGGAUAAGCUCUGAAGGGAGGGAGCUGGUGGAACUCCAGUAAGAUGAGGUGCCUUUUCUGCAGGUGGUGCUUCAGUGGAAAAGCGUAGCUGCCUUCCUGCAGGUGUUUUUAGGGGCAUGGCGCUGUGUGUGUGUGCAUCUUUUAAAGAUAUAUCUUAGCAGUGCAGCUAUCUGUACAGGUUUGCUAAAGGGAUGGUGAUGUUGCUUUUUUUUUUACAUUGUAUAUCCCCUGUAAGGGAAGAGGAUCAGCAGGGAAUCAAUGAUGCAGGGAAAUCAACUGAAAAUCAGAAAAUGGGUAAAUCAGUCAGAUAUCAGCUGGAGAUCAGGUAUCAGCUGGAAAUAAAUGAUGAGGCAGGGAAAUCAGCUGGAAAUUAAAAAUCAGUAUGACAGGGAAAGGGUCUUUAGGUAGGUUUUUUGGGGGGGAAAUUAACUCAGGGAGCAUGUUUGAGUUGGGGAGUUAUGUGCCGUAUGCUGCAAUCCUGUGUAUGUCUACUCAGAAGUAAGUCCCACUGAGUUCAAUAGAACUCCCAUGAAAAUAGCUGUGGAAUUGCAGCCUAAAUGUAUAUGAGCUUUAAGCAGUGAGUGAGACAGUUCACCCUCUUUGGGGAUUGGGAAAUGCUUGGGUCUGGAUUGGGUUGGGGCUGGAGUUGCAUUCUUAGCAGAAUUUAUUUUUGAUAUUACAAGUGUUUUUAAUAAAGAAGCCAAAUUUUGUUUGUGUCUUUUCAUUGACUGCACACCCAACCAGUUUUUAAAUUCUCAAUAUAAUCUAAAGAGUGCAAGCCAUGCUUCUGGUUCUUUAUUGAGUACAAGAAGACAGGUCUCUGCCCUGAGGAGCUUACAGUAUAAAAGGUGAGGCAGAGGUAAGAGACGGAAGUGAGGCAGGAAAAAAUAGGGAAGCAGUAUGCUGGGUGUGGAGAACAUUUGGCCCUCCAGGCAUUGCUGAAGUACAGCUCCCAUCAGCCCCAACAAGCAUGGCCAAUGGCCAGGAUGAUAGGAGUUGUAGUCUAGCAACAUCUGGAGGGCCAGGGUUUCUGAAUACCUGCUGCCCUGGACUGCUUUUGGGAGGAAGGGCAGGACAUAAAUGUAAUAAAUAAUAUGCAGUGACCUGUUUAUUGAGCAUUUAUCCUUUUUAAAAAAUUAAUAUUUAUUAGUUUCUGCAUAAAAUUUCCAAACAAAACAUCUCAU